AUGAUAGGGGAUUUUAAUGAGAUUACUGAUCAUAGCGAAAAAGAGGGAGGCAGAAAGUGCGCUGAUAGUUCUUGUUUGCCUUUCAAGCAGAUGCUAAGUGAUUGUGGGGUGCUGGAAUUUCCAUUUACUGGGAAUAAGCUUUCAUGGGUUGGAAAAAGAUCGGGAGGGACAACUGUUAGAUGCAGAUUAGAUAGAGCUGUGGGUAAUGAGGAUUGGCAUGAAAAGUUUCCUCACUCAACUGUUAAGUAUCUUAGGCUCUGGGGCUCAGAUCAUCGUCCGGUCCUAGCAGAUAUUCUCACGAAACCAGUAAGGAGAAAAAAGAACUUUAAAUUUGAUAAGCGUUGGUUGGACAAUGAGGAGCUAAGCUUUCGGAAAGCUUUGAGCCAAUGGAGGAGGCAAAACAAUGUGAACUCAGAAAAGUUAGUGGAGGAGCUUAAGGAGAAGGUAGAGGGUCUUUAUGCGAAUGAUGAUGCUAUUUCUGAGGAGAUAUCAGAAGCUCUAAAGGAACUAUCUACUGCUCCUAAGGCAGAGGAGUUGUUUUGGAGACAGAAAAGUAGGGUCUUAUGGUUAAGGAAAGGCGACACGAACUCAAAAUACUUUCAUGCCCUAGUAAAGCAAAGGAGAGCACGUAAUAGGAUAACUCAGCUCCUCGAUGAAAAUGGAAAUGUGGUGGAGGAUGAGGAGGAAUUAGUAGCCAUUGCUACUAGCUACUUUAGGCAAAUAUUUGAGUCUUCUAUCCCAGAGGAUAUAGCUGAUGCGCUUGCAGAGGUAUCGACGACGAUUACUGGGGAUGUAAACGAAAAACUUACAGCCCCAGUAACUGAAUGGGAGGUCAAAUUAGCUUCGUUCGCUAUGCAUCCAGAGAACGCUCUAAGACCAGAUGGAAUGACAACCCUUUUCUACCAGAAGUUUUGGGAUAUUGUCAAAGAGGACUUAACUCGCAUGGUUAAUCAGUUUCUCUUUGAAAGGACAAUGGCACAGGGUCUGAAUGACACGAUUCCAGCGAAUGAUCGACAGCAGAUCAAAGAUACACUUGGUAUUCAAAAUGAAGGAGAAAUGGGUUCCUACUUAGGAAUCCCAGAGGAUAUUAGUGGAUCAAAGUGUAAGCUAUUUGCUUUCUUAAAAGAACAGUUACUACACAGAGUGAAUGGUUGGACUGGUAGAUGGCUGUCAAAAGGAGGAAAAGAAGUCUUAAUCAAAUCUAUCUUGCUAGCUCUACCGACUUAUGUCAUGUUCAGUUUCCUGCUUCCCUUGGAGAUAUGUGAAAACCUAGCAAGUGCCAUUACACAGUUCUGGUGGAGUUUGAAUCCGCCAAAGAGAGGAAUUCACUGGGCAAAAUGGGAGAAAAUAUUCAUUAGUGGCGAGAGUUCUUUGGGGAAGUAUUACCGUCUAAGUUCGCCUUUGCGAACUGGCGCUGUGGAUACACCAUCGUAUAUUUGGACGAGUAUUAUAGUGGCGAGGAAGCUACAACUUUUGGGUAUCAGGAGCAAGGUGCAUUCAGGAUAUGAAAUUAAUGUGUGGGAGGACCCUUGGAUUCCUUCAACGCCAGCAAGGCCAGCUCGAGCAAGAGUCCCAGUUGUAAACCCCAAGAUGACCGUCAACAGUCUUAUUGAUUUCGAGUCAAAGGAUUGGGAUGUACGUUUGCUGGAACAAUAUGUGGAUCAAGAAGACAUUCUGAUGAUUCAAAGUAUGGCCAUAAGCCCUACUCACCGACGGAUACUUUUUGUUGUAGCUGCACCAAAAAUGGCCAAUAUACGGUUAAGUCUGGAUAUUGGGUUGUUAUGA